AUGGAGGCGAAGCUGAGCCGCGACCGAUCCCUCCGCGAUCUGUACGUGGACUUUAUGCGCCAAUACGCGGACUUAGGGCAUAUGACGCGUGUCCUGACGGCUACCGGUCCCUCGCCAGUCUGCUACUUGCCGCAUCACGGGGUCCUGCGGGAGGCGAGUUCCACUACUAAACUGCGGGUAGUGUUCAACGGCUCCGCUACUCUCCCGACGGGAGAGUCUCUAAAUCGCUACCUGCGCGUGGGGCCUAACCUACUGCCGGCCCUGGCGGACGUCCUGACGCGGUGGCGUCGGUACCGCUUCGUGUUAAUGGCCGACAUAGAAAAAAUGUUCCGCCAGAUUGUCGUCCACCCGCAGGACCGUGACUGGCAGAGGAUCCUGUGGCGCGAUAGAGCUGACGUGGAGCUUGAGGAGUUCCAGCUGAACACCGUGACCUACGGUCUGGCGUGCGCCCCCUUCUUGGCGAUGCGCACCCUCCGCCAACUGGCGGACGACGAGGAGCGCGAGUCGCCGCUGGGAGCUGCCGUGUUGAGACGGGAUGUCUACAUGGACGACAUCCUGACCGGUGCCUCGUCCAUCGAAGCUGCCAAGGCCGUGCGGGAGCAGCUCGUGGGGAUCUGCAGGGCGGGGGGCUUUCCCCUCAGGAAGUGGUCUGCCAACGACGCUUCUCUCCUGGAGGGCCUGCCGACGGAGGAUAGACUGCAGCGGGAGCCGCGAUGGUGGUUGCCGGGAGAGAGUCACUCUACGCUGGGUUUGCAGUGGCACCCGCUCAGCGAUGAUUUCUCGUUCGCCACGCGGCUGCCGAGGAUCGAGACCUUCACCAGGCGAACAGUCCUGGCCCUGACGGCUCGGUUGUUCGAUCCUUUGGGUUGGCUCUCUCCCGCCACGGUUAGAGCGAAAAUCUGGAUCCAGGCGACGUGGCUUCUGGGGAUCGACUGGGACACUCCACUGCCCGACGAUGAUGCCAGGAAAUGGGGGGAGUUUCAGGACGAGAUCCCCCGUCUGGAGGAGAUCCGUAUUCCUCGAGAACUAUCGAGGACCGGCGACGACUUAGAGAUCCACGGAUUCGCUGACGCGUCGGAGAAGGCGUUCGCCGCGGUGGUGUACCUCCGGACGCGGGAUCCCGCUGGAUUGAUCCAGGCCAGAAUAGUGGCAGCUAAAACUAAAGUUGCUCCAUUGCAACAGGUCUCGUUGCCUCGUUUGGAGCUGAGUUCCGCUGCCCUCCUCGUGCGCCUCGUGGCCCACGUCCGUCGUGUCCUGGAAGCAGAGGAAGCGCCCGUCCACUUGUGGUUGGAUUCCACUGUGGCACUGGGAUGGAUCCGCGGGCAUCCAAGUUCCUGGAAGACGUACGUCGCCAACCGAGUCAGCGAGAUCCAGACCACCCUUCCUGGAGCACUGUGGCAUCACGUUCCGGGGCGGGAUAAUCCGGCGGACUGCGCUUCGCGAGGCCUUUCUCCCUGCGAGCUGGUGGACCUGGAGCAUUGGUGGCGGGGGCCCGCAUGGCUCCGGGCGGACUCGAGACCUUGGCCGAGCCCCUGGAGCGGCGGCACCGAGGGCGAGCUCCCUGAGCGGAGAGUCCGCUCCCAUGCUGCUGCGGUUCCCGUGGAGGAGGACGGCGAGUUGGAGCUGCUCUCGAGGUGUUCCACCUUGAGCCGCCUGUUGCGGAUCACCGCCUGGUGUCGACGCUGGCUGGUUCGCGCUCGAACGCGGACUGGAGCUCUGGCUCCGCCCGAUUCUCCUUUUUCAGGCUCGCUCCGGUCCGAGGAGCUGGAUGAGGCGCGUCUGUGCUGGGUCCGUCUGGUGCAGGCCAAGCACUUCCGAGACGAGAUGGCUUCCAUUGAGAAAGGGAAGCCGCUGCCGGCGCGCAGCGCCCUCCUCAAAUUAAGCCCUAUAUUGGACCACCUGGGAGUCCUCCGAGUCGGCGGUCGACUCAAGCACUCCUUGUUGUCGCAUGACGAGAAGCAUCCG